AAAACUCGUUCUUUUAUUUAUACUUUACAGCGUUUUGGGACAAUCAAUUGCUCUCUGUUUUUCGUUUUGCAGAUCAAAUAACAAAUACUCCUGUGAUCCACAUUUGGGAAGCAUUUAUAUUUGAAUAUUAGAUAAGAUGUCAAUUGAUGCCCAAGAUUCGACUACCAGGGCACGAGAGAGUUUGACUUCCUCUAGAAGCGACAGCGACCAAGCUGGUGAUUUUGAAUGCAAUAUUUGCUUUGAUUUAGCACAAGACCCAAUAAUAACCCUUUGUGGUCACCUCUAUUGUUGGCCUUGCCUCUACAGAUGGCUACAACUUCACUCAUAUUCUCACGAAUGCCCUGUUUGUAAGGCCCUAAUACGAGAGGAAAAGUUGAUACCUUUAUAUGGCAGAGGUAAGAUGCCAUGUGACUCAAGAUCGAAACAUGUUUCAGGCAUCGAAAUCCCUAAUCGACCAGCAGGGCAGAGACCUGCUACUGCUUCGCCUCCAGAUGCAAAUAACUUUACUAACGUAGUUUUGGGAAUGAUGGAUGGAUUUGUACCAAUGGUAUCUGCAACAUUCGGUCAUUUUGGAAUGUCUGCUGGUUUUGGUGGGGUGUUUUCCCCUAUUUUUAACGUCCAGCUUCAUGGAUUUUCAAAUGCAAGUGGAUUUGGUGCUACAUCUGGGUAUCAUUUUGGAAAUGCUCAUUCUUUUCAUGGUAAUAAUGGUGGCCACGUUUAUAGAGAAACCGGUCAAGCUCAGCAGGCAAAUGAGGGUUUAAAUGCUGAUGAAACUCUGAAGAAACUUGUGCUAUUUAUUUUUGCUCUUGCGCUGCUUGCUUUAUUUCUUAUGUAAAUGAAUUUUGCUCAUAAGCCCAAUUUGUUUGUAGUCUUAUCUCUUAAUUUUCUUGGUUUGUACUAUUUUCCAUGAAAACAUACCAAGUUCUGUUCUCUAGUUGUCCA